CCUGCUCCAGGCACUGCUGCAAGAAGUAAGCAGGGUUCCACCUUUAAUUUAUGCAGCAAAAAGCUCCAACCAUGUGUGAGCUGUUUCCGAUAAGGAAAUUGAAAGUGAAAGAAAGACUCGAUACAGAUGUAAAGCAGUGAGCAGCAAAUGAAUGUUAAUACAUUCUUUUAGAUCGUUUUUUUCACCAUUACGUGGGACGAUCAGCAUGCAUCAAGACAUCAGUGAAGAUGAUAUUGAGCUGGAGAAAAGUAUCCGGAGGUUCAGGGAGAUGUUUCAUGCAAAAGUUGCUCCUGUGCCGAGAGCAAAGUCUCUGAUGAGGAGGUACAACAAUGACUACGACCUGGUGACUCAAAAAAUCAUGCAGCUGAAGGACCAGGAUGAUGACCCAGAGGGUGAAGCUGAGAACCAGGUAGAGCGUGGUGCAAUGGAUGUGAAUGAAGACAAUGUUGACCAAGACCUCCAGGACGUUGCGGAUCGGUUAAGGGUCCUUCCGUUAACAGAGGAUAAUGUGCGAAUGUUCAACAUGGCAAGGAGAACUGAGAUUCCCUAUAGUCAAAGACAAUUCUCGUGCAUACAGUGCGUUAGAGAUUGGUGGAGGGAGGUACCAGAGAGGAAACAGGUCUCGAGAUGUCGUUACUGUAAAAGAAGAUAUGAUGCGGUGCCGAAGGAUCAGGAGUGGGGUCUUGCUGCGUACACUUGCCAAAACUGCAGUCAUUCUUUCAGGAGCUAUGGACAGAUGGGGGUUCCUGCGCCAUGCUACAGAUGCCGGAAUAUUGUCCUUCCCAUCCAAAUCAUUCCACCCCAACGGAAUCCAUCCAGAUUGGGAAACAGGAGUCAGAAUCCACAUGGCUGCUGUGCGGAGGACUGUUACAACCGGCAAGAACCCUAUGUUCCUGGUACACACUGUGUUCAUCCUAGGACACGGCAAGUACGCGGUUUACCCAGAGUGCUGUAUUCCAGCCAGAACCAUGAGUCUACAGGCUCUACUGUGGCCAGCUGUAUCAGCCAAGGCUCCUCAAUGGAGUGCGACAUUGAAGAAAUCAUACAGGAGGAUCUGAGGGCAAUCCCAGAGGAAGAUGAAGAUGAAGAUGAAGAUGAAGAUGAAGAUGAAGAUGAAGAUGAAGAUGAAUGAAUUGCAUGAGCUGCAACUCCUCCACAGGAGCCAUCUUGUCCCUCGGAAUCCAUGAUGAGGAUGAGCCAAGAAUGAAUGCACAGUGGAAUUGGGAGACAUUCCCAUUUUGAAUGUUGGAACCCAGGCGGAGAAGACUGAGGCUCUGCAGGCCAUUGUAAAGCUUGAAUAGCCAGUAGAGUUUCGGUAAUUUGUUCGUGAAAGCAUUCUUGCUUUGAACUGUUUAUCCUUUGCAGGAAUCAUUUCAUUAAACAGUCUCCCAAAUA